AACAUCAUAAUUUAAAUGAACAUAGCUGUUGUUGGGCCUAGAACAGAGUUUUUGGAUAUCGUUCCAGAAUGGCUCGUUAGUCAACAUGAUAGUAGAAUAUUACAAAAUUCUAGAAUAUAUAUGAGAUAUGUUCAACUUCAGUUACCGGGUACUCUAGUGAGAGAUAGUGGAUAUCCCUGUCUAUCAUUUCUCUUAACUCCUAUUCAAAAUCCACAAACAGAUGAAGAAAUUACUUACAAUUUGCUUCAUAAAAGAACACGUCAGAUUGUUGAAAGGACAUUUGGUAUUUGGAAGCGCAGAUUUCCAUGUCUAUCUAGAGGAUUGACUAAUAAGUUAAUUUGUUCAACUACUAUUGUAGUCGCUACUGCUGUACUACAUAAUCUUUCGUUAAUUUUUAAUGAUGUAUUACCGGAAGAAAAAUUACCGGAAAAUAUUGAAAUAGAAGAAAUGCCAAUUGAUGAGCCAAAUUGGCAGCCAGGCGAAGGUUUUGCAGUACGAGCAGCGCUCAUUGAA